AUGUCCCUCUUCACCGUGCCCAUCCCCCCCUGCGGCGCCCACCCAGGCGGCUCCAUCACCGCCACCCAGCCGCAGCCCCAAGUCUACCUGCUCACCUUCGUCUCCCCCCCGGACAACCGCCUCACGACCGCGCUCUGCCGCGCCCUCCUCCAGGCCCUCGACAUCCUCGAGUUCGGCGGCUACACCCCCGGCGUCGUCGUCACCACCAGCGGCAUCCCCAAGUUCUACUCCAACGGCCUGGACCUCGAGCACGCCAUCAACACCGACGGCUUCUGGCAGCUCUUCUUCGACCUGUGGACGCGCCUCCUAACGCAAGUCGUACCCGAUGCCCACGGUCGCCCUCCUCAACGGACACACCUUCGCCGGCGGCCUGAUGCUCGCCCAGGCGCACGACUGGUGCUCGCCCGGGCGCCCGACUACCGCCUGGCCCCAGACCCCAAGGGCUUCCUCUGCCUCAACGAGGUGCUCUUCGGGGCGCCGCUCAAGCCCCCCAUGGCCGCCAUCUUCCGGCACCGCCUGGCGCCGCAGGCCUACCGCACCGUGGCCCUCGAGGGCCGCCGCUUCACGGGCCAGCAGGCCGUCGAGUACGGGCUCGCCGACGCCACGGCCGCGUCGCUCGACGACGCCCUGCGCUUCAUCGCUGAGCGCCAGCUGACGGAGAAGGCGAAAGCCGGCGUCUACGGCGUCAUCAAGACGGAGCUGCACAAGGACCUGCUCAAGGAGCUGCGCAAGGAGGGCGUCGACAGGGAGGAGGCCCGCUUCAACGAGGACCAGAGGCUCGACGGCGAGCGGAAGGAGUUUGGAAAGGUGUGGUUUGAGCAGUGGAGCAAGGAGAACAAAUCUAAGCUGUGA